GGCGGCAGGCCGGGAUGGCGGCCGCGGGCCGCUGUCCCCGACAGCCCCGUCCCCGUGCGAACCGGGACGAGGGACCCCACGCUCCGGUGGCCACGUGAGCGAGUGCCACCCCCGUCCCUGCCCUCCACCCCGCGAGCCCGGCCAUGCCCAGCGCCGCGGUGCCACCGGGGGGGCUCCCCAUGAUCCCGGCCGAGGGCUCGGCGCUGCUGCGCGCCGUAUCCCAAGGGAAAUUCCGCCUCACCCGCCUGCUGCUGGAAGGGGGAGCCUACAUCAACGAAGGCAACGCCGCGGGCACCACGCCGCUGAUGGCAGCGUGCCGGGCCGGCUACGCCGAGCCGCCCGAGCAGCCGCGGAUGGUUCAGUACCUGCUGGAGAACGGCGCCGACCCCAACAUCCCCGACAAAGCCGGCAAAACGGCGCUCAUGCACGCCUGCGCCGAGCGAGCCGGCCCGGCCGUGGUGGCCACCUUGCUAGCCCACGGGGCCGACCCCAGCGCCCGGGAUUACGCGGGGGGCUCGGCGCUGGUUUACGCCCUGGAGCGCGGGGACCGGGAGACGCUGCAGGUGCUGCUGGACGCGUGUCGGGAGCGCGGGCGCGAUGUCAUCAUCAUCACCUCGGCCACGUCGCCCCGCGGCACCAAGACCACCCGGCAGUACCUGAACUCGCCCCCGUCGCCCGCUCUGUGCGCGUCGCCCUCGCAGGUGCAGGUGCGGGCGGCGGCGUCGCCGGGGGCCGGCGGGAGGGACGAGGAGCGCGAUGUGUUCCGCUUCCCGCCCGCGGCUCCCGCUCCAGAACCUUCCCGGGCCGGGCCCAAGCGGCAGCUGAAGAGGCUGAACUCGGAGCCCUGGGGGCUGGCGGCGCCGGGGGUGGAGGGGAUGCGGGGACACUCGGAGGGGACCCAGGAAGGGACACAGGGACCCGCAGAGGGAGCAGGGAGAGCCUUAGACGAGAUGCGGGGACCCCCGGAGGGCACACGGAGACCCUUGGAGGGGACGCGGGGCCCCUCAGAAGGGUCGUGGGGUUCUCCUGAAGGGCCACGGGGGUCGCUGGAAGGGACAUCGGUGCCCCCGGAGCGGCUGGCGGCGGGGCUGGAGGGGCUGCGGCUGCGCCCGCGCCGCCACAGCGUGGAGGGACGCGAGGUCUCGGGGCUGCCGGGAGCCACCUGGGCAGAACGGGUGCCCCCCGUGGGGCGUUGGGCCCCCGAUCCUCCGCGGGGCAAACCCCUGCGGCGGGACCCCGAGCUAGCCACCCCUCCCGGGCCGCUGCGGCACCCGGCGGGGCUGCCGGAGCGCCGCGGCUCCGGAACGCUCCCGCCGGAGCCGCCCGGGCCGGGCAGGGCCGGGCUGCUGCCGCCGCUGCCGCCCCGAGCGCUGCUCCGCCGGCACUCCAUGCAGCCGGAGGCCCUGCGGCACCUCGGCGCCUUCUGCGGGGGGCCUGGCUCUUAGGGACCCCCCCCCAGUCCCACCCAGGGAUUUGGGGACCCCCAUCCCCCAAAGCCAGGACCCCUCUGAACCCUGCUGAGGGUCAGCUCUUCCAUCCCUCUGUCGGCACGAACUCUGCACGAGCCUGAAUUCGGGGAGCUGGUGGGUGCACCCCAACUUCCCAGGGUCCCCCCAUAGCCUCAUCCUGCUCCUGCCUCAUCUUCCCAGCAGCUUUUUCCCCCCAGGGUCUGGUUUCCCCGCAGUGUAGGGGGUGGUGGGCACAUCUGUGGGCUUGGGGGGCACAGCUGGAUGCUGGCACAUAUGGGACCCCAUUGGGUCCCCCCUGUUUUAAGGAAAAAAAAAUGUAUUUUUUCCAAGAGCUGAGUUGUUCUAAUGCCAGACUGGGAGGGAUCCCCAGGAUCCUCGGGGAUCCAUCCGCCUGGAUGGGGAGGGAUUUUUUCAGGGAAAUUUAAUGGAUUUUAGGGAGCUUUAAUGAAAAGCAAAGAACAAGAAGACAAACUUAGACAAAAUCUUGUUAUUUGACACAAAACAAGGAAUUUCCAGGUGGGAUAAAUACCAUGGGAGAUGGAGGUUUGCCUGGGGCAUGGAAAAAAAACUCCUGGGAUGUUCUGGGAUGGGGGGCUGGGAGAGAUCCCCCAAACCUGAGGGAAAUCCCCCCAGCCCUCAGAAACUGCUGCUUCCCCCUCAUAUUUGUCCUUUGAAAACAAUAAAAUUCCAUAAAACCCGAA